AAAAAGCUUUUGGGAGGUAUCAGCACUUUUCUUUCAUUAGAGGGAAGACGUGAGGAAAGUACCAGCAGCAGCAGACAUUUAAACUUUAAAUAGACAGGUCUGAGUGCCUGAGCUUACUUUUUUCAUUUUACUUCAUCUUCCAAGGAGUUCAAUCACUUGGCGUGCCUACUUCACUUCUUUUAAGCGAAGGAACAGCACCCAGGCAACAUGGGUGACUGGAGUGCCUUAGGCAAACUCCUUGACAAGGUUCAAGCCUAUUCCACAGCCGGAGGGAAGGUGUGGCUCUCGGUCCUUUUCAUUUUCCGAAUCCUGCUACUGGGGACAGCGGUUGAGUCAGCCUGGGGUGAUGAGCAGUCUGCCUUUCGCUGUAACACUCAACAACCUGGUUGUGAAAACGUCUGCUAUGACAAGUCUUUCCCAAUCUCUCACGUGCGCUUCUGGGUCCUGCAGAUCAUAUUUGUGUCUGUACCCACACUCUUGUACCUGGCUCAUGUGUUCUAUGUGAUGAGAAAAGAAGAGAAGCUGAACAAGAAAGAGGAGGAACUUAAAGUUGCCCAAACUGAUGGUGCCAAUGUGGACAUGCACUUGAAGCAAAUUGAAAUAAAGAAGUUUAAGUAUGGUAUUGAGGAACACGGCAAAGUGAAAAUGCGAGGGGGCUUGUUGCGAACCUACAUCAUCAGUAUCCUCUUCAAGUCUAUCUUUGAGGUAGCCUUCUUGCUGAUCCAGUGGUACAUCUAUGGAUUCAGCCUGAGCGCAGUGUACACUUGCAAAAGAGAUCCCUGCCCACAUCAAGUGGAUUGCUUCCUCUCCCGCCCCACAGAGAAAACCAUCUUCAUCAUUUUCAUGCUCGUGGUGUCCUUGGUAUCUCUUGCCUUGAACAUAAUUGAACUCUUCUAUGUGUUCUUCAAGGGCGUUAAGGAUCGUGUGAAGGGAAAGAGUGAUCCUUACCAUGCUACUACCGGUCCACUGAGCCCCUCCAAAGAGUGUGGAUCUCCAAAAUAUGCUUAUUUCAAUGGCUGCUCCUCACCAACUGCUCCACUUUCACCCAUGUCUCCUCCUGGGUACAAGCUCGUUACCGGAGACAGAAACAAUUCUUCCUGCCGCAAUUACAAUAAACAAGCAAGUGAGCAAAACUGGGCUAAUUACAGUGCAGAACAAAAUCGAAUGGGACAAGCGGGAAGCACCAUCUCUAACUCCCAUGCACAGCCUUUUGAUUUCCCUGAUGAUAAUGAGAAUUCCAAAAAAUUAGCUACCGGGCAUGAACUUCAACCACUAGCCAUUGUGGACCAGCGGCCUUCCAGCAGAGCUAGCAGUCGCGCCAGCAGCCGACCUCGGCCUGACGACUUGGAGAUCUAGGUACAGGCUUGAGAGCAUCAAGAUUCCACUUACCUGUGGAGAAGAGAAAAGGUGCUGCAGAAAGGGCACCUGAGGUGUUAAUUUUGUUCCAGUAGAAGUGGUACUCAACAGCCUCAGUCACGAGGCUUAGAAAACACAAAGACAUUAGAAUACCUGGGUUCUUUGAGGGUGUCUGGGAUAGGUGGGUGGAGAGGGAGGGGAAAAGGGAGGUACCUGUUGGAAUUUAAAGUAGUCGAUUUAAAGAACUUAAAUGCUAAAUAAAAAUUGCAUUAGGUGAUAUAUAGACAUGGGCUUUUUCUCCCUCAUAUCUCCCUAGGUUCUGUAUAUGUAAAAGAGUGGGUGAUAUCUGUGGCUUAAAUAAUUUUUUUGUUUUACCGAGAAACUAAAAUAAUUUUGGCCAGGAAAAAAUGCUUCCUGAACACCUUAUUUCUUUUCGACAAGAUUGUCCUAAAACAUCCCUGUUAAAACAUUCCACUGUUAAAAUUUGCACUUUGAAGGUAAGCUUUCUAGGCCUGACCCUCCAGGUGUCCAUGGACUUGUGCUACUAUGUUUUCUAUUUUUUGGUGUCAGAAGUUCAGACAAGGCCCACAGAAAAAGACUUGCCGUGCAUUUGUGAAUCUCAGCCAGUUAUGUGUACAUUCUGUUUUGCAUCCACUUGCAUCAUAUCAGUACCAUCACUCUUUUGUCAUUCCUCAGCUACUAUUCACCUUCGUUUAAUGGUUUCCAUAAGCAUUUUUAAAAUAGUGUGGAUGUCACUUAACAUUUUGAGUUAGAGUCAGGGAAGCAAGCCAUACUCAAUAUUUAACAGUCACUUGUAUAUGUACGUGUGUGGAAGAGUGUGUUUUAUUUGUCCUGUAUUGGUACAAGCAGAUGCAAUAUAAACUCACGAACACAGAUAUGAAAAUAAUACACCCACAGUGUUCAAAUUUGAACCUUUCUCAUGGAUUUUGUGGUGUGGGCCAAUAUAGUGUUUACAUUAUAUAAUUCCUGCUGUGCAAGUAAAGCACACACUUUUUUCCCCCAAAAAAAUGGCUUUUCCCCAUGUGUCCCAUUAUGGACACUGGUUUUGUUAAUGGCAAUUUUUUUUUUUCUUCUUUCUUUUUAGAAUGUAGCAGUAAUGCUAUUGCUGAAAUGAAUGAUUUCCUUUUUCUGAGUUGUAAUCAUGGAUGCUUGAAUGAUAGAAUUUUAGUACUGUAAACAGGCUUUAGUCAUUAAUGUGAGAGACUUAGAAGAAAACGUAGAGUGAACUAUUAAAUGUGCCUAAAUGAAUUUUGCUGUAACUGGUAUUCUUAGUUUUGUCCUACUUAAUACACAUUAAUUCAGAAAUUCUAUGCUAUUAUGAGAUUGACAGUCAGUCUUUUGGAGUGACCAGCAACUUUGAUGUUUGCACUAAGAUUUUAUUUGGAAUGCAAGAGAGGUUGAAAGAAGUUUCAGUAGUACACAUGUAACUAAUUUAUUUGAAAUAUAUGCUAAAGAAAUCUACCAGUUUCUUCAAGUGCCUUUUUUAAACUCAUCACAGAUGAUCGGCGAAAAUGCUGAGUAGUGUACUUUUUUUUUCUUGCACGUCAGCUACAUAAAACAGUUUUGUAUAUUGAGAUACUAAUUGUUCGACAUUCCAUAUUCAACUACUGUCAUGUUCAACUUCAUUGCAUGUAACGUAGAACUAGUCCAUCAUAUCAUGUGUUGUGUUCUGGAGAGUGUUCUUUAUUCAAUAAAGUUUUAAUUUAGUAUAAAGAUAA